AUGUACUAUGCUCGUAAGAGUUCUGCCAGCAAGUUCAUGUUUCGAAAGGUCGGUGCCAGGGAGGCCAAGGGCGACAUUAAUCAAGGCGCAGAGGUCGAGUUGACUCUAUGUGAUGAUUCUGGCAAGGCUAUCGGUGUGGUGCAGCGCUUCAAGAACGAUUACGCGACCCUGCUAGUGAGUAAAUAUGGUGUGGAGGACGACUUGACUACGACCAAUAACUCAAAGCUGGAAUACAUCAAAGACUAA